ACUAUCAAACUAGUGCGUAACAGGUAAAUAUUUAUACCUUGUAUACUCAUGUUAUAAUAAUAAUAAUAAUAAUAGGAUUGUGUGACGUGUGUGUGAUUUGAAGCGAUUAAUAAUAAAGUUUUAAAUUUCUAACGAUGAGUAGAAGUACGAUUUGUCUAUUCGAUGUCGACGGAACGGUUACAGAUGCUAGACAGCCAAUCGACCCAUCAGUAAGAUUAUAUUUGGUUGAUAAUCUGAAAAAAAAAUCAUUCAUUGGAUUGGUGAGUGGUUCAGAUAUAUCAAAGAUAAAUGAACAACUUGGAGGCCCAGAAUAUACAGCCCAAUUUGACUAUGUAUUUGCAGAAAACGGUCUUGUUGCAUUCAAGAAUGGCAUUGAAUUAAAAAGACAAACAAUUAUUGAUUAUUUGGGCGAAGAAAAACUACAAACAUUCAUUAACUUUGCAUUAAACUACAUGUCUAAAAUACAAUUGCCAGUGAAGCGUGGCAAUUUUGUUGAAUUUCGAACCGGCAUGAUCAAUAUUAGUCCUGUGGGUCGAUCUUGCUCAAAAAUUGAACGUGACAAUUUUGAAGAAUAUGAUAAAAUUCAUAACAUCAGAAAGAAAUUCAUUGAAAGUAUUAAAGAAAAUUUACCAGAUAUUGGUUUGACUUACAGUAUUGGUGGCCAAAUAAGUUUUGACUGUUUUCCUAUAGGAUGGGAUAAACGAUUUUGUCUACGUUAUAUUGAGGACGAAUUUAAAGGGAAUAUUCAUUUUUUUGGUGAUAAAACAUUUGUUGGAGGAAAUGAUCAUGAAAUUUUUAAUGACUCGAGAGUUAUUGGACAUACAGUAAUUAAUCCAAAAGACACCAUUUUGCAAUUAAACAAUUUGUUUAAUAAAUAAUAAUAAAAUUUAAA